CAACAACCUACCUUCAUGGACUUGUUCAAUGCACGUUCUCAAACUCCUUCCAAAGUCAUCGACAUAGGACCUGGGAACUAUCUAAGAUAUCUCAGACUAUGAUCUUGGCCUAAAAUACUAGCGCCUGGUCUAUGUCAGCCGUCCUUCUUGGCUCGUCACUACACGUUCGAUGUGACUGACUAUAGCCUCGCGGCCGUCUCGGUCUGAGGUUACUGUUGCUCGCCUGUUUUGUCCCGUCUCUGGCUUCUCAUUUCAACCAAAAUCCGAACAACACAAAGCUAAAAGGGCAGCAUCAUGGGAAUUUUGAUGACGACAUCGCAUAUGAGCGCAAUCAGGGGGUCCGGACAUCUGUCCGGCACUCACCCUCUCGCUAUACACUCCGUUUCGUCUCGACUCGUGAUAUCAUCCUCCAAGCACCGCAAGCUAUCGGGCUGCUCUCACAAUCAUCGGCACGACCCAGACCUCUACAAGAGACAUAUAUAUGAGCAUCACCGCCUUUAUGGACCUCGAAUGCGAACCAGACCGGCCCGCCAACCUCGACCAGUAGAUCCUAUCGUUGAGAGUCAUCAACCGUGGUGGUGCCAUACCUGGAGCUCGAGCUUGCCUUCUCACAAGAUUGAAAAGACAUCUGGGCAUCCAGCCUUGCACAAGGACUUUUGGCAAAUGGAGGUGGACCGUACUCGUCGCACGAUGGAUCACAUCAAGCAGGCAAUUGAAAAAGACCCUUACGGAGCCAUAUUUGGAAGGAGACUUGAGCCGUUCAAGUCUUUUGAGAAAUUCGACAAAACUUUCACAUCCCUAUGUCGUGCGCUUUUUGGUCUCGGUGACAAGUCUGCGGACACGGCCCAUGCGGACACAGCCCAUGCGGACACAGCCCAUGGGACGCCGCGUACCAUGACGACCACAGCAAAGUCUGAGAACGCCUCGGAUACAACCAAGAAAGCCCAGUCGACCGAUUCAGGCAAGCUACGAGGCCCGGUUGUGAUUCACACAAAGAAAAAUGUCACGAGAUACGAGUUCGACCCUAUUAGUGGUCGUAUGAUUCCUAAAGAAGCCAAGAAUCCGGAGGUUGCUGAGAAAGGUGAAGGUGGGAUAAAUCCAGUUCUCUCAGCCGCGGACACUACCUCCGCCUCAGAGACCACCGGCUAUAUGUCUCCUAUGAAGCGGGAUGCGGUGGAGUCUGGCUCUCGGGACGCUUCUAAUCAGGGAAGUCUUAAUGAUGACUUGGCGACAGACGUUGUAUCAACGACGGUCGUGAAAGAUCAAUCGCAGCAGUCUCGAUCUUGUGUCGACUCGGAUACUACCCAGCCUGAUUCUACCAAUCAAAUCAACCCUUCCGAGGAGUGCUCUUCAGCCUCACUAGAAGCGACUGGUAGCACUACAGAAAGAGCUGCACUAGAGUCAGCCCAACAUGAGAGCCUGUCCAAAUUCCUGGAAAGCGAUUCGAUCAAGCCAUUCCUAAGACACGAUGAGCACCAAGUAGUCACACAACCACAACCACUUCCAGAAGAUCACAUACGGACCCUCAAUGCGGACGACUUGGUUGCUAAUGACAAGCUUGCCUCUUCGGACUUCGCUAGGCUGGACCAGGUGGUAGAUGACUCGGGAAAAUUACAGGAUGCACGUCGGGAAAAGGAAGAAGAAGAAGAGCUAGAGUCUUUGAGUGCAAGCGAUAUCCGUGCCUCGUACUUGAGGAAGGAGCCAGAUCUCGAUGCUCGCGCGUCACAAGACUCGAAUGAGUUGAAUGAAAUGUUGGAGACCUCAAGUAACACUACUUGCCAAGUUGAUGCAAGCAUUGACCCGCGCAUUGAAUGUUUUCAGGAGGCAACCGACCAAGGCCUUUCAUCCACAACAGACGACGUGGCAGUCCCGGACAAGCUUCGAGAUGUGGCCUCAGAUACAGCAAACACUUCGGAUCGACUCGCUUUGAAUGAGGUACAGGGGACUACGCCGUCUCCGAAUCCACCUUCAACUGUUCCGCACAGCCUCUUCGGUCAGGUAAAUACCGAGACGUAUCGCGUGCUCGCAUUUGAUCCCAUUGCUCUUUGUGUAACCGAGGCAGAAACAAGCUCAUCUUUUCAUGCGCCAGAUGAGAUUUCUCACCCUGCCGAGAUACUGAAUCGCCUGAAUAACCCGGCAAAGUUCCUACCGUACUUUGAAAAGCUGAAUAAUGAUGGGUACGAGAUUGUCUCUGGCGGCGGGGAUGUUCUCGUCUUCAGAAAGACACGAGGUUCCCUUGGGCAUAUCGAAGGAACCAAUGCCUGCUCUAAGAAGGGCACUGGACUGUCUUCAUCAUCAUUUGACAACCAGCAGCAGCGCGCAUUAGACCCUAACAUGGUACUUCAAGGAUCACAAAGCACCCCAGCUGAGACUGGAGAAAAGGCCUCGCAAGGAAGUAAAUCCGCAAAAAUCCUCCGCAGAAUGCUUCUUGGUUGCGUGGCUACUGCCGGUACUUGCUAUGCACUAUGCGUUGUGACCGAGUAUUUCCGCACUGGUGGAGAGGAUGGGCGUGGAAUCGAUGCCUUUACAGCAUUCGAGUCUGAACGCCGCCAUCGGGAAUGAUUGCCUAGUCGAAUGUCUACUUGAUUCUGGAGCCAGUCGGGCGGCCCACAUAUGAUGUUCAAAUUGAACUUAUCUCCCCUCAAUGUAAAAUACAGAUUGCCUCCUACAUCAAACCAGCCCCAGUUUUUCCAAUUCCUAGUUACUCC